AUGUCGAUUCCGGAGGAUGUUUUACAAAACCUCACGGCUGUUUUCGCCAAUGCGCUAAAAACAGCAGUUCAAGAAGUUCAAGGUGGUGCCAAUGCAGCACCGGAAGGAGCCCCAAAAGCAGCAGCGUUCACAAUUGGCGAAUACAGGACAGCGGACUGUUCAUCGGUGGAAGACUAUUUUAAACGAUUUGACUGGGCUCUCAAUCUCAGUAGAAUCCGGGAAGUGGAUUAUGCGGCGUAUGCUCGCGUUCAUAUCGGCAGUGAAUUGAAUAAUGCGCUCAAAUUCCUAGUACUGAUGCAGUACGAUCCAGAUCUUCCAUUGUUGUUAGCUACGGACGCCAGUAGCACGGGACUUGGUGCGGUUUUAUCUCAUCGUCUGAGCGAUGGAGCAGAAAGACCGAUUGCCUACGCGAGCCGAACGUUGAGCGCGACGGAGCAACGUUACCCCCAGAUCGAUAAGGAGGCCUUGGCUAUAAUCUGGGCUGUGCAGAAAUUCUUCAUGUACCUGUAUGCUCGUCAUUGGACUUUGAUAACCGAUCAUAAACCGCUCUCACAAAUACUACAUCCUGAAAAAUCGCUUCCAACGCUUUGUAUCAGUCGCAUGGCCAACUACGCUGAUUUUCUAGCGUGCCCGGUAAAUCUAUUGCGAGAAAAUCAUGCGAUUGCUUGGGAUGAGCAAUUAGAUGGAUUUGAUUGCUUCAUGUUACGUCAAAUCGAACAGCUGCCGAUUAAUGCUCAAAGAGUCGCACAAGAAACGCGUAAAGAUGAAGAACUAGGAAAAAUUCUUCGUGCACUCGAGGAUGGCAUAUCCUUGGAACGUUUAGGUUUCAGAUCUCCCCAAAUCAACUACAAAACUGCCGCUGGAUGCCUAGUUUACGAACAUAGAGUGAUCAUACCUCGUUCUUUACAAGCAACUAUUCUGAAGGAUUUACAUGUUGGACAUCUGGGAAUAGUAAAGAUGAAAGGGUUAGCGCGAUCGUUUGUAUAUUGGCCCGGAAUAGAUUCAGAUAUCGAAAGGACUGCAAAGAUGUGUUACGAGUGUGCAAAAAAUGCUAAUGAUCCCCCAAAGUUUCGUGAUCACGUUUGGGAAUACCCUAAGGCGCCGUGGGAGCGCAUUCACAUCGAUUUUGCCGGGCCACUUUUGGGAGUAAUGUUGCUAAUAAUCACGGAUGCAUACAGUAAGUGGAUCGAGGUGAAGGUUACAGUUAGCAUGACAGCUAGUGUGACGAUUACUCUGCUUGACGAACUUUUCUCAGCGUACGGAGUUCCUACAACUGUAGUCUCUGAUAACGGAACCAACUUUACAUCUACUGAAUUCAAAACAUUUCUUCGAAUGGCAGGCGUUAAAUAUCAUAAGUUAACUGCUCCAUACCAUCCAUCCACCAACGGACAGGCAGAACGAAGUGUACAGACAGUGAAGAAUGCAUUAAAAGCGAUGAACUCAACGAGGAAUAACAUACAGCGUAACCUGAACGAGUUCCUUCGUCGAUACAGAAGAGCCCCUCAUUCUACUACAGGUCAACCACCGUGUCAACUAUUUUUGGGUCGAAAUAUUCGAACAUGCUUAGACUUAGUAUUACCAGCGGAUCCAUCAACAAAAAUCGAUCAACAACAGAAAAGUAAAAUGGAUUCGUCUUUUCGUGAGUUUAAAGUCUCCCAACCAGUUUAUUUUCGUUCCUAUAAUCCAAGAAUGGCUAAGUGGGUUCCCGGCAUUAUCUCGGCUCGCUUAGGAGACUUACAUUAUGAGGUUGAUUAUAAGGGUAAGAAAUGCAAGCGACAUGUUGAUCAACUGCAAAACAACGCGAGCGAAUCAGUCAGCGAGUCAGAGAAAAGUCCAUGUAUGGGUGACAAGCCUGAUCCCUACCGCUUUCAGUUUUCAUCGGAGUCUACACCAACCGGCGUUACCAUUGGAUCCAGCAGUCAGGAACAGUCAACUUCAACUCCGAUCUCAGGCAGUAACGGUGGCGAACGGGCCAUCACCCCUCCUGUUAGCCAAGACACUGGUGCGAUGGCGACACCUGCAGCCCCACGAAGAUCGACGAGAACAAGGCGGCCACGAAUCAUCUUCUCACCCGAUGGUCGCUGA